UGCUCAGUAACAGCAAAGUAGCAAAUCGUGAUGGGAAGCGGAUUCUCUGAUCCCACGCGAGGGUAGCGAGCUCAGCACUGCCUCCUCCCUCUUCUCCUCCCUCCUGUGAGUGGCAGCCAGCUCAUCUCCUCUGCUUCUCCCCGCAUCACCCGUCCUGGAAAGGGAGAGAGGGGACCCCAUGGCAGCCCCCAGGCCUGGGAGAGGGACAUGAAGAGCCCCAGGAGCUGCCGGAGGAGCAGAGACUAAAAAUAAGCAAUCAGCAAAACACUGGUCAGUCCAGGAGACAUGGCCUCAAAAACUUCAGCAGGGAGGGUGCAAGAUGAAGCCGUAUGUCCUAUCUGCCUGGAGUACCUGACGGAGCCUGUGACUCUAGACUGUGGGCACAACUUCUGCCUCGCCUGCAUCACUAAGCACAGUGAGACAUGUACAGAGGGGGACUAUGACCCUUUGUGCUGCCCCAGCUGCAGAGCCCAGAUCCGGAGACAGAAUUUCCAGCUGAACUGGCAGCUGGCAAAUAGAGUAGAGCAAGUUAAACACUUACAUGUUGAAGCAGAGAGAGAACAGAAAGUGAAUCUAUGCGCAAUACACAAGGAAGAGCUGAAGUUGUUCUGUGAGGAUGACAGAGAAGCCAUUUGUGUGAUCUGCAGAGAGUCCAAGGAACACAGAGCUCACACUGUGGUUCCCAUAGAGGAUUCUGCCCAGGAGGACAAGGAGGACAGCAGCAUCUUGAGCAGGCGUGUGGAGGUGAAGCUCCAGCACCAGGUGGAGAUUUCUCCUGAACUGUCUGAGAGCCUUAAUACUUAUAACCAAAGUGAUGCUCUAAUGGAGACUCAGAGGAAAUUCAAAGAGAAAAAAAUAUUUCAAUCUAUGGGAGCAGAUGAGAAAGUGAAUGUGACUCUGGAUCCAGACACGGCUCAUCCCCGACUAGUCCUCUCUGAGGAUCAGAAAAGUGUGAGAUGGGGAUUCACACGGCAGAAUCUGCCCAACAAUCUGGAGAGAUUUGACAAUGAUCCCUUUGUGCUAGGUUGUGAGGGAUUCACCUCGGGGAGACAUUGCUGGGAGGUGGAGGUGGGGGAAGCAAGAAGCUGGGUUUUGGGGGUUGCCAGAGAGUCUGUGAGCAGGAAGGGAAGGAUCAGUGUUAGCCCUGAGCAGGGCUUCUGGGCUUUGCGGCGGAGCGGGGCAGGGUGGUUGGUGGCUUACACUUCCCCUGAGGGGACCCACCUCCCUUUUGCUGAUAAACCCAGGAGGAUUCGGGUCUCUCUGGACUACGAACGAGGGCAGGUGACAUUUUUUGAUGUUGAUAAUGAGGCCCUGAUCUUCACUUUCCCACCGGCCUCUUUCUCUGGGGACAAAAUCCGCCCUUUUUUCUCAGUUGGGGAAAGAGGAAUAUACACAUCUUUCUCAUACCUGUGUGGACCAUCCCAUAUCACAGUGUGUCCCUGAGACAUGGGGGAAAAUAUCCCAAUGACUCUCAAGAACGUCACGAGGGUGGAGGACUCUAGCAGUCUUCAGUGGCAGAAAAUGAGAGAGAGGUGGAGCCCAGGGAGAGAAGGUGCUGUGGGGAGUGUGAAGGUGGAGUUUGGAGAGGGGAAAACCUAUAGAGAAGAUGUUUGGGAGUGGAGAGGUGAAGUUGGCUAAGGAGAUAGGAGGGGAGGGUCAAUUACCCAGCAGAACAAAAUACACAAACCUUAACAUGCAUUGGAGAAGGGGAAACCAAUAUGGAAUAAAUGUAAUUCUCUUGCAAAAAGGAAUGGAAAAUGUUUUAAGGGAGAAAUUAGGAAAGAAAAUCCUUCUUUGAGUCAAUUUUAUCUUCACUGUACUUUGCUUUGUCUGUAUCAUUGCAACAGAUCUAAAUGUCAAAAUAAGUUUUGGCAGUUCAAUUAACACUCUGCCUUUUAGUAGCUGGCAUGUCUGGCUCUAACUGUCACCCACCCCCAUUCAGCAUGAUGCUCUGUUCACUUCUAGCAGUAGCGGGAGAGAUUGAUGAUCCUGCUACAGCCUUAGCUAACAGAGCUGGGUCUCAUAGCUCAGGCAGUGGUGGGUCAUGCUUUAAGAUCCAGAGAGCACCACUUCACUUCCAGCUGACAAUAACUCCUUCCCCCCACUCCCCGCAAGGCAUGGCAUAAUAUAAACAUAGUGGGCCAAAUUCAGCCAUUGUGAUCAACCUCUUCAGCAUCAUUGUUGCUGGCAAGUGGGGGCACUGGGAGGGGAAUUUGAAUCAAGAUUAAAAAAAAUAAAAUUCUGGUUUGUUGCAGAGCGCAUCUUUUGUGACCAGUAUGAGAAACAGGAGCAUGUUCACUUUUUGUCGAAAUGAACUUCAAAUAAAAACAAACAUUUGAAA